AUGGCAGGGCUCCACCGUUCGUCCGACGACCUGCGCCUCCAAUCGUCGGUCUCACAUCCUGACCCUCCCCCGGGACGUCCAGACGAUGAGGUGCCGAUCAUGGUGGCGCGAGCACAAGUCGACUACUCCGAUGCCGCUCUUGAUAACUUCCUCUCAGUCAAUAGACUUCCAUUCCUCCAGGUCUUUGAACGUCAAAUCCAACUGAUUCGCAACCGAUCCCAGGCUUUUGAGGAUGGCCAGAUCACGGUCUACGACAAAGUCUUGCUGGCACUGACUAACAGUGGAACCGAUCUCGACCAUCCUUCUGCCAUUCAAUACUACUGCAAGGAGUUUCUUGGCCUUGACAUCUAUGGUGAUUCCCAACAUGUCUACAAGGGCCUUGAUCAGACUUUACAGGUUCGAUCGAUCUUGAAGCAAGAACUUUCCAGUGAUACAGCAUUUUCAGCUGGUGUUACUGCUACUGAACAGAAGCAGCUGCGCCCCACUAGUGGAAUUGCGCAGUUGGACAUGGCACCCAACCUUGCGAAGAUCUGGACUGUCUUUGAGAAUGCAAAACGCGACUAUCGCGAGAAGUCUGACCAUGAAGAUGAUGGUGUCAGAUUCAAAGCCGCAAAGUUCCUGCGCGACACUGCAGAGAACAUCCUGAUUCAGCUCAAAGGGAAGAACACCGACGAGAACAUGUUGAUAGAGUUGAACUCCACAUUCAAGAUGGCAAAAGCCAUGGUGGUCUCUCUCAGCGGAGGCAAGAAGCGCAAAUUUGAUCCUGUCGCCAUGGAAAAUGUCAAAGGUAUCCCUCGUGGACCGAGCAGUGAAUUUGGCUCACAACGUCACACUGAGAAUCCUGUGUCAUUGGCUCAUCGGGGACGGACCCGCACUCAACGCCCACCACCGGUCUUGAGGAGAGACGACAGAUGUUUCGAUGAGCGGUACUCCUGCGAUGGCAGAUACCCGCGCGACAGACGCUACGCCGAAGGUCAUGGACAUGUCGAGGGAUACGACGAUCGUUACGACAAUGCCGAUGAUGAUGCUUGGACUGCUCGACCGGAUCACAGAGAUUAUGAUGAUUGGUAUCCCGGAAACGAGGAUGCUCGCUCUGAUCCAAUAUUGGCUAGAAUCAACGACGAAGAAUAUGGCCGACGACAUUCCCGAGAGUGGGGUGGAACUGGUUACCCGAGCGGGCAUCGACUACGUCGUGAACGCGACAAUGCCAGACGAGGCCAAGGAGAUGAGAGGACCGAUUAUAACGGGCAUGGUGGACGAGAUGAGGGAACACAUCAUGCUGUACGCGGUCAACGACAACGUGGACGAAAUCUUGAAAGCUUCAAUACUGGAUAUGGCCGACAAUUCGAGGGAAGCGAUCAUGCCGCCGCUGAUCGUGCUAUGCGAGACCAGAGAGAAGGCGAAACUGACGGCGCUGAGUACGAAGCGAGACAUGGCCAUCAUUACACCGAUUCAUCUACUCGUGGCUCAACCACUGGCCCGUUCCACUCCAGACGCAAUGUCGACUCCUAUCAGCCCGGACGUGAGCGUGAGCAUUGA